GAGGCUGUGAUGGGUUGACAGGUGCGUGACAGUGGGAGCUGCUCUCGGCACAAGCAUGUACGGCAAAGGCAAGAGUAACAGCAGCGCCGUCCCGUCCGACAGCCAGGCCCGGGAGAAGUUAGCGCUCUACGUGUAUGAAUAUCUGCUCCAUGUAGGAGCUCAGAAAUCGGCCCAGACAUUUUUAUCAGAGAUAAGAUGGGAAAAAAACAUCACAUUGGGGGAGCCGCCAGGAUUCUUACAUUCUUGGUGGUGGAAGGUGUGGUGGCUGUCGAUCCCUGGUCCAGAGUGCUUCUACAGUCCUGUGUUUUGGGAUCUCUACUGUGCAGCUCCAGAGAGACGGGAAACCUGUGAACACUCGAGCGAAGCAAAAGCCUUCCAUGAUUAUAGUGCUGCAGCAGCUCCCAGCCCCGUGCUAGGAAACAUGCCCCCAGGAGAUGGCAUGCCCGUAGGCCCCGUGCCACCAGGGUUCUUUCAGCCUUUUAUGUCACCUCGGUACCCUGGAGGCCCAAGGCCCCCGUUGAGAAUACCUAAUCAGGCACUUGGAGGUGUCCCAGGAAGUCAGCCAUUACUCCCCAGUGGAAUGGACCCAACACGACAACAAGGACAUCCAAAUAUGGGCGGACCGAUGCAGAGAAUGACUCCCCCAAGAGGAAUGGUGCCCUUAGGACCACAGAACUAUGGAGGUGCAAUGAGACCCCCACUGAAUGCUUUAGGUGGCCCCGGAAUGCCUGGAAUGAACAUGGGUCCAGGUGGUGGUAGACCGUGGCCAAACCCAACAAAUGCCAAUUCAAUACCCUACUCCUCGGCGUCUCCUGGGAACUACGUAGGUCCUCCAGGAGGUGGAGGACCACCAGGAACACCCAUCAUGCCUAGUCCAGCAGAUUCAACCAAUUCGGGAGACAACAUGUAUACUUUAAUGAAUGCAGUACCUCCUGGGCCUAACAGACCUAAUCAGUUUCCAAUGGGCCCUGGAUCAGAUGGUCCCAUGGGUGGAUUAGGAGGAAUGGAGUCCCACCACAUGAACGGCUCUUUAGGCUCAGGAGACAUGGACAGUAUUUCCAAGAAUUCUCCCAAUAAUAUGAGCUUGAGUAACCAGCCGGGCACUCCAAGGGAUGAUGGCGAAAUGGGGGGCAAUUUCCUAAAUCCCUUUCAGAGUGAAAGUUACUCGCCUAGCAUGACCAUGAGUGUGUGAUCCAUUACCGCGUCCCCUCAUGAAAACCAUCGUGAGUCAGCCCAUCACAAAACUACUACGGAAGAAAACUACUCAUCGUGUACAGUUAGACAACGGAAUCUCAGACAACCAGACCACCUUUUAGUUCCUGCUCUCUCCCCUAUUUUGAGAAGAAAGCGGGUCCACACGUGAUUCAAGCAACUGUACGGAGCUGCCCAUUAGCUGCCCCAACUGAACUGCGGUGAUUAUCUGUGUGUGUGUGGGGAAGAGAAUGCAUCGUAUGUGCAGAUCUGUAUGCACAUAUAUGCAUACGUGCAUUGACCCACAGGACAUUGUAAGAUAUUAUCACAUGACAUCUUAAGUAGAAGUAAGUAGGGACUUUUAUUCCAUCCUUUUUUUUUCACGUUUACAUUUUAAUUAUUAAAGGUUGCUCCUGCCCUUCCUGAACUAUUUUGUGCUGUGUACAUCACUGCUUUAUAUAAGUUAUUUUUUAAGGUGAACUCAGAUGUUAUGGUUUUGUAAAUGUCUGCAAUCAUGGAUAGGAAUAAAAUUGCUUAUUUGAGAGCUUUCAUUCACUGUGUCUGAAGCAAGUUGCCUGUGAACCCAGAGUGUACCGAGUAGAGACAGUGUCUUCGUCCUCAUGUCCAACCAAGCGUUCUGUUCCCUUCUGUGCAGAGUAGUGUGCUGCUUUGUAUGUAAGGAAAAUGCAGGGCCUCACACAGUACAUUUCUGCAGUAACUGUUUAAACUGAGUUCCUUCUUGAUUUGUUUGUCUUAAUGAUGCAGAAAUGAUUAGCUAAUUCAAGUUACCUACACUGUAGCAAUAAAGUGACACAGGUUACCAUACUUUUAGCACACAUUCUUAAACACAAUAAAAUCCAAAAGUGAUAGCAAAACCACUUGUUUGAGUUUCAGCUUCUCCCAGGGAUCUAGAAGUAAAAUUUUAAUAAUAUACAGUGAGGAAUGGUACUGUAUUUUUAUUCAGAUUUCCUAUGAUCAUUUCCAGACACUUGAAAACAGACAGACACACUGACAUGGUUGAGGCUUUCAGGGCAGAGAGCAGAGAAUGAGAACACUGGAGGGUUGCAGCGUUUCUGGUUUUCUCACCCAGUAGCUUGCCUGCUGGAGCAGAACUGAUGUCCCUGCUCUCAGUUGGCAGUGUAUGUGCCCUGUCCACUCUGUUUUGGGGUCAGAGGACUUGCACUGGGAGGCAGAUUAUCUGUAUAACUUGUGUUGACUGCAGCUGGCUAGAUCUCCAUUGUGUGUCUGACAGUUUGGAAGGCAGUAAAGAGACAGUUUUUAAUUAUCUUCCUUACAAAAGCGCCCUGCUGCAUGGCAUUUCCCUCAUCUGUGGGAUUACAUUUAAUCCUGUACUCAAACACUAAAUCCCCAUAGGAAAAGCAUAGAGAGUUUAUUUUAUACUCUAAGAGAGACCUCUAUGAUCCUUGCUGGUCUAGCUGAGGUACAAAUGUCCACUGAUCUCCACCCUGCUAGCGAGUACUGCCCAGCCUGACGGGAGAGGACACCUCCCUUUCCUUUGGGGCUAUAAAUGUUGACACUGUUUGCCUGCACGUGGUUCUAGAUGAUCAAAUUUCUUUCAAAUCCACAUUGAUUCAUUCUUCCUGAAAAUGGACAGUUUUGGCUGGGCAUUACAGGGAUGCUGGGAGCAUGGAGGAUAAAGAAUUAACUUACCCUGCAGAUCUAGGUGACACUUAUGAGUCAUAGUUUAUAGCACAGCGUUGGCCUACAACUGCACCAGAGAGCAGCCUUGUACCAGCAGACUACAGGAACCUGUCUCAGGCAGUUGGCACAGGAAGUCUUUACCUUCAGGUGGAGCUAAUCUGAGGAUGACGCUUCAUGCAUUCACCUGAACCACAGGUAUCAGUGGCAGCUUUCACUCUCUAUACGACCAUAAACCACAGUUUACCAGAGUUAAACUGUUUUCAGUAAUCUCGGUCUUAGGGUGCUGGACUUCUGCUCACUCUGCUCUCCAUCACGACCAGCCUUUCCUUUCUGUCAUUUGUGUUCUGAGAAGGGAAGCAAAUGAUUCCUCUUACACACAAAAAUCAUGGAACUAAUUUUGCAUGCCCUUCUUUGGGAAUAGUUCUAGAAUAUAAAUGACAUAAAUGGCGUGUUAAUAAUGAUAUAAGCAGCGUGUGCUACUUCUAACCUGUUUUGUUUCUUAAGAAGUAAGAUGGUUUUGUUUUUGUUUUCAUUUCCUUACUUUCUUGGAACUCAGUUUUAAAAAUACCUGGUCCCAAUUUGUAAAUUCAUUAAAACCGUAAAAAUUAUUUUUAAGAUAAAACUGCAUUCACAAACUAGAAAAUACAAGAAUGCUUAAUUUCUUUAGCCAGAUAACUUUGUUACCCAAAGGGUAAACACUAAAACUACAUUGAUUUUUAUGUAGAUCUUAAUUAUUUAACAUUUAUUGUGUUCCUGGUAAGAAAAGCCAACAUUUUCUUAAGCAUUCUACCGGGACUGACACAUUCAUGCUGUCUUGAUGUAUAUGCUGCUUGCCAGAGGUUUUGGGGGUUUUUUUUGGUUUUUUUUUUUUGUUUUGUUUUUGUUUUUUUUUUGCAUAUUUCAGCACAUAAUGAUGAAAUCAGCAAUACUCACAUAUAUUGGACAUGGCAUGCACCCAUCAAAUCUGAGAUUGGGCAAUCAUUGUGAGCAUGAAUCCUGUUCCUCUUCCUGCCCUCCCUAACGCACUAAUGUUUGAAAGCUCAAGUCAGUCUAAGUUCUGUGUGGUUCUUAACCAUCUGACUGUCUUACUGCGAAGAUGCCCUGUGUUUUAAAAAAAAGGCUUUUGGGUACACUGAUCUCGUAAAACCACAAACUUAAUGGGCAAAUUAGUGCUCCUUUGAAAAUAUUCCAGUUUGGGUUCAAUUGCUAGUGAACAGGAAUUUCACGGCUAAAAAUCUGAGGUUAAGAUUUCUCGAUUGCCAAAAGACUAACAAAUCAAUUCUGCUCCCUUCAGCCAAGGAAAGCGCUCAGACACACCUGUCCCUGCAGAAAUUUAGAGAAAAAUUCUGUUCCCCUUCAGCCGAGGAAAGCACUCAGACACACCUGUCCCUACAGAAAUUAAAUAGAGAAAAUUUGUUCCACCUCUCUUUUCAUGUUCUGUAAGGCACCGGAACUCGGUUGCAUUUGAAAGGACCAUUCAGGUAAACAGUCUUGAGCUUUGAAGACAGCAGGUGGAGUAAGUUCACGUUGGCAUGUGAGUAGCCCCACAGCUGUCUACAUCAUUCUCCACAUUGUGGGGCUGUGCCCUCGGCAGCCUGGGGCUGUGCCCUCGGCAGGGACUGUGCACAGUUCUCAGUAUAUCAGACCUGGGUUAGCUUACGGCUUCUCCAUGCUUGCCUUCCAUCCCAGGAGACAAGAUGCAAGGGUUGAACAGCUCUCCCUUCUCAGCCUCACAGCUGUCGUCUCUGCACAGUGUAUAUAGUACUGGUGGUAGUUUUCCUGAGGAAAACGUUUUCAGUUUUCAUUCCUUGAUUAUUACUGUUCAUCACAAGCAGUAUUACAGAUCACAGCCACGCGACAUCUGAAUGUUCUCUUGACACUGUUCCCUGUUGUGUUUCGUGUGCUGUAGUUCUUUCUCCUUUGCUUGAGACAUUAACAGAGGCAAGUAGCUCACGAAUAUGUGGUGUAGAGAGGGGAGAUUGGUGUGUUCAGACAAUAGUCACGCAUUUUAACAAAUGCCAAUUAGUCUUUUGUAGUUUUCCCUUCUUGGUGUAUUACAUUUCUCUGACAUGAGAACCAAAAGCCCAUGCUUGCUUAAAACAAUGUUUCCAGUUUUAAGCAUCUGUAACAGUCUCCCCUGGUCUGAGAAAGAUGCCCAGAAACACGGGAAAAGUAAGAGUGGCAAAUUUGUUAAUACCACCUCAGUUCUGCAUACGACAUUUGUGUAUACCUGUGUGCAUGUGUUGGGGGAUGGCAACAUAAAUUUUGCUCAUAAACCCCACUUCUACUGAGAUCGUAUUAUUUUAUAUAGCACUGUUGAUAGAUAGUAAACAUCUUUUUCUUUUGACAUUUUAUUUCAGUGGUAAUAUAUCUGAUAGAAGUUAUUUGGGAUGGCAAGAGAGGAGAACACCACGAUUCUGUAUAUUGGACAAUAUAUCAGCAGGAGUAGUGUCCCAGGCCCAGAUUUAGCUUCUCAGCAUUGGACAUCAUACUAAGCGUGUCAGAAAUCAUGCAGUAAUUACAGUAUAAGAAGUUGAAUUGACAUCAUCUAAACCGUUAACUUCACCCAUGAACCAUAAUUCAGUUAGGAUGACGUAAUGAUUAACACACACCUGAGACUUUCAGUGACUUCUCUAGACUCUAUUAUGAAGAGAGAGAUUCAGCUGACUGAGUCCCAAGGGUUUCCUCUGUUGAGUUUCCCUUGGUAACUUACAGAAUUUGUUUUCUUAAGUAAGAGAAUCAUUUCUGUAUGAAGUUUAAAUGUGAAUAUUUUGCAUUUUAAAAUGAAAUACAGUAGAAAAAUGAAAUAUAUAAAUGUUACAGCAUUUAAUGUGGGACUGGGCCUUCUCAUGUAUACGUUUCCUAGGUAUUGGUAGGAUAAAUGUUUGCUUCACUUUGACUGUCCCAGUCACUGGAAUCUUAUGAUCUGCUUCUAAAAUACUUAGUGUUUUAUUUCUAAAGCAAGAUGGGCUGUUACCAUGGCAAAGGUAAGUGUUAAUAGUCCUUGAGAAAAAUAUAUAAAUAUUUGUUCUCAGUUACUGCAUUUCACUUUCUCCUCCGUGACAGCGGUCCCAGUAUGUGACCUGAGGGUGAGGUCUGGGUCUUUGAUAGGAGUCUAUACAGUCUGCAUAGUAUGCUGUGUCUCUGGAACAGUGUUGGUUAAAUGUAGUCAACCAUCUGUUUGGAAACAACACCUCAGAUCAUCUGCCCAUCUUACAUGAUUUGAGCGGAGAUCUAAAUUCUUCACAAUACUUUAGAGAUUUUCUUGACAAAGUACUGAUUGAAGUUUGUGUGUGGAUUUAGAUCAAACUUCAAAAAUACUUACUUUCCUUGCAUUAAGACAGCUAUAAACUCUCCGUUAGGCAAAUGCUUGGAAGGACAUGUUACUGUUUCAGAUGUAAAGAUUGAGAAGUCCUUAUACAUAGAAUUCUUUAUUCAUGGUAGCCAUAUGAUUAUUGAAUUGUUUAUCUAAUUGUGAUUUUAAGAAUUUAAAAUGUUUUCUUACUACACGUGUUAAAUUGUUACAAUGUCUUCCUGGAAAAUAGAGUUAUUUGUAAGGUUUUUAUAAAUGCACAAUCUGUGUAUAAAUAUAAUUGAAGUCUGGGAUGACUCGGUAAUUACGACUCUCCGUUCAGGAACGGGCACCAGGUAACCCACACACUUGUCAACGUAGCACUUGUGUGUAUAUAUCUUUGUGCACAUGUACAUUGUUAUUCUCAAGUGAAUUUAUCACUUAAUGUUUUUGUAAAAGUACUUGAGCUGUUUGUGUAAUGCAAAAAGUCACCAUAAAGAUGUACAUAAAUGCCCCGUAAGUUGGCACGUCUUCAUAUUUAAUUGAUAAAAUUGCAGCUUUUGAUUUACA